AACACACACCCCCCGAUAACACCGGGUCCUCUCUGCGGCCUUCCCCAUUCCAAUGCAAACAUGAUGACCACCACCGCUAGGCUGCUUGCCAUCCGGCAGUACAGCACCACCGAUGUAUCCACUCUACUUCACCCUACGCUCCUAGCCAACAGCACGGAACAGCAGAAAAUCAUAGCCAACUUUCAGGCCCUUCCCAAGAUCCGGCUCAACAGUCAACCGCCCGCCAAACAUGCUGCCGUUCUGAUCGCUCUCUGCCUAGUGGACGGCCAAGUCAGUCUUCUCUAUACCCAACGGUCGGUCAAGCUGAGCCAAUUCCGAGGGCAGGUAUCGUUCCCAGGUGGCAUCAAGGACCCAACGGACGCCAACUACGAGGCGUGUGCCACUCGUGAAACCGAAGAGGAAGUUGGCAUACCUCGGGACCGGAUCCAGGUGUGGGGAUGCGGCAACGAACUGGUACCAAACUUUGGACCGGCCAUAACGCCGGUCGUCGGAACGAUCCAGGACUACAGCACGGCUCUGCUGAAGCCGAAUCCCGACGAGGUGCAAAAGGUUUUCACCGUGCCGAUUGAAACGUUUUUGGCACCCGGCAAUCGACGGCAUACGCAGUUUCGGGCCGGUUAUACGGUGCCGGUAUACCGGGGAGGAGAGGAAGUGGUCUGGGGAAUGACCGGCAUCAUUACGCAUUUGUUCCUGUCGGCGCUGCUACCAAAGAAUGUCUACUCAAGAAGGAUACCGUUCCUUAAAAAAUAUGACCGGUGACUGUAAUUUAUAGCCUAGGCUUUCGAGCGUUGUUAUGAGUGGUUGUUAUAAUUAUAAU